AUGUUCACCAUAACCACUACCUCACCGCCACCCAACCCCCAAACACAUACCCCCGCCCCCCAACACCCUACACCCCCUCCUCCCACCCCCUCACUCAAAACACCGCCCCCCCCCAAACCCCCCAGUCCCAACCCCCACUGGCACCGCACCACACCAAAUGUCACCCUCAGAACACCCACCACAUGGCCGCCAAACCCAACCGAGCGAUACCCCAAUGUAACCCCCACCAGUUAA